AUGCCGCGCUCCGAAGAGGCAGCAGCGUGGUUCAGCGCCGUCUACAAGGCCGUUCAAGAAGUCCCACAUGGCAAGGUCACCUCCUACGGACAUAUAGCUACAUUACUAGGCUAUCCUGAACGACCACGUCAAGUCGGAAUCUGUCUCAAACAUCUACCACGCGCAGAGGAUCAGCCUGAUGCUCGAUACAACAGCGACACGGUCCCGUGGCAACGAGUGGUCAACGCGAAGGGCGUUAUAAGUCCAAGGGACGGCGGCACAGCACGCCAAGAAGCUGCCUUGAAUCAAGAGAAUGUCGAGGUCGAGCACGGCAGUCUGGGUGAACGCAGCAUCGACUUCGCAGCCUACGGAUGGUUCCCGCGACGAUUGCCCAGCGACGAUGCGGAGGACAGUGAUUGA